GGAGAGGAAAGGACAGGAGGGGAGUGUAAACUAUAGGAGGGCGAAGGAAGCGAGGCGCAACACAGCUCCGGGAGAGGAGGACAGAACUGAGCGCUAAGCGCGGAGCGGCUCUCGGGCCUAGAGGAGGGAGCGCGGCGCAGAGAGGAGGGGCUUGCGGCCCCGUAGAAAUGUCAAUCAGAGCCCGGAGCCCGGGGAAUCUCGGCCAAUCUGUUCGGACCUGACCUGACUCCUCGCCGCCGCCGCCGCCGCUGCCUCCGCCGCCGCGGAGCAGAUCAAUAGGCGAACGCGGAGCGCAGCGCAGCGCGGGAGGCAACGCGGCCCGGGCUCGGCCCAGCCCCCGAUGCGCUCCGGAGCCAGCGUGCGGCGCUGAGCACCACGGCCCCGGGGGCCGGGCCCCCUCUCCGUAGGUGCCCCGCGGGCCACCAUGUCCUUCCCUCAGCUCGGAUACCAGUACAUCCGCCCGCUCUACCCACCCGAGCGCCCGGGAGCCGCAGGCGGCGGCAGCGGAGGCGGCAGCGCAGGGGGUCGGAGCGCUCCGGGCGCUGGAGCCUCAGAGCUGGCCGCCUCGGGAUCCCUAUCCAAUGUGCUUUCGUCCGUGUACGGGGCACCCUACGCCGCGGCCGCAGCCGCAGCUGCCGCCGCCCAGGGUUACGGCGCCUUCCUGCCCUACGCUACGGAGCUGCCCAUCUUCCCACAGCUGGGCGCUCAGUAUGAGCUGAAGGACAGCCCUGGGGUCCAGCAUCCGGCCACGGCCGCCGCGUUCCCGCACCCACACCCUGCCUUCUACCCCUACGGCCAAUACCAGUUCGGGGACCCGUCCCGUCCCAAGAACGCCACGCGGGAAAGCACGAGCACACUCAAGGCCUGGCUCAACGAACACCGCAAGAACCCGUACCCCACCAAGGGCGAGAAGAUCAUGCUGGCCAUCAUCACCAAGAUGACCCUCACCCAGGUGUCCACCUGGUUCGCCAACGCGCGCCGGCGCCUCAAGAAGGAGAACAAGAUGACGUGGGCACCCCGUAGUCGUACCGACGAGGAGGGCAACGCUUAUGGGAGCGAGCGGGAGGAGGAGGACGAAGAGGAAGAUGAGGAAGAGGGCAAACGCGAGCUGGAGAUGGAGGAGGAGGAGCUCGCAGGGGAGGAGGAGGACACGGGGGGCGAGGGCCUGGCCGACGACGAGGAGGAUGAAGAGAUCGAUUUGGAAAACUUAGACAGCGCUGCAGCCGGGCCAGAACUGGCCCUGGCUGGGGCAACGCACAGAAACGGCGACUUCGGCCUAGGACCCAUUUCGGACUGCAAAAAUAGCGACUCGGACGACAGCUCCGAAGGCUUGGAGGAGCGACCACUGUCGGUCCUGAGCCUGGCCCCGGCGCCACCGCCUGUGGCCAGGGCUCCUCCAUCUCCACCCUCUCCACCCUCGGGCCUGGACCCCUGCGCUCCCGCACCAGCGCCCUCCUCCGCCCUGCAGAAGCCCAAGAUCUGGUCACUGGCCGAAACGGCCACUAGCCCUGACAACCCACGUCGCUCGCCUCCUGGAGCCGGAGGAUCUCCUCCUGGGGCAGCCGUCGCGCCCCCGACGCUGCAGCUCUCGCCCGCGGCUGCCGCUGCAGCAGCCGCCGCACACAGACUCGUCUCGGCGCCGCUUGGCAAAUUCCCGGCUUGGACCAACCGGCCUUUCCCAGGCCCGCCGCCUGGCCCGCGGCCGCACCCGCUGUCCAUGUUGGGCUCGGCCCCACAGCACCUGCUGGGACUUCCCGGAGCCGCGGGUCACCCGGCUGCCGCUGCCGCUGUCGCCGCCGCCUAUGCUCGGCCUACGGAGCCGGAGAGUGGAACAGAUCGCUGUAGUGCCUUGGAAAUGGAGAAAAAGUUGCUCAAGACAGCUUUCCAGCCCGUGCCAAGGCGGCCCCAGAACCACUUGGAUGCUGCUCUGGUCCUAUCAGCUCUCUCCUCAUCUUAAUUCUUUCAACAAUUUUUAAAUCGUUGUACUAAUUGUUAAAAAAAAAAAAAGACAAAUCGCUCUGUAUAGUUAUGACUUGCAA